UCAUGUCAACACAACAUGGUUGAAUUCCGAAAGGGGCACAGCUGCUCCUAUUAGGACAAAUUCAAGGGGAACUGUGYGCUCGAGUGCUGUGUGAGAGCCUUCAGACUCCGAAGCUGGACUGGUUUCUUCUGUUUUAGUUGUUUCAUGUGAGAAAAGACUCCAGACAGAUAAUGCACAAGCUCACAAAGGCGCCGCUGGUCCUGAACGGGCUUGGACGAUGUUUAUUAGCAGAAAAACACUUAUCUGCUGUAAAUAUCAGAAGAGGAUUUGCGUGUGCAGAACAUAAAAGGGAUUCAGGCAGUAAUGAGGUUUAUGAUGUGAUUAUAUCUGGUGGAGGGAUGGUUGGAUCUGCUAUGGCAUGUUCUUUGGGUAUGGAGCCCAACCUGGAAGGAAAGAAGAUUUUGCUCCUUGAAGCUGGCCACAAGAAAUCAAUGGACAAGGUGCCUGACACCUACAGCACCAGAGUCAGCUCCAUCAGCCCAGGCUCUGCCACUCUCCUCAGCGGUAUUGGAGCAUGGGAGCACAUCAUGAAGAUGAGAUGCAAACCCUAUACAAGACUGCAGGUUUGGGAUGCCUGUUCAGAUGCCCUGAUCACAUUCGAUAAGGAGGACCUGCUCGACGAGAUGGCGUACAUCGUGGAGAAUGACAUCGUUGUGGCCGCCAUCACCAAACAGCUGGACGCUCUGUCUGAUAACGUGCACGUUAAAUACAAAUCUAAAGUGGUGAAGUAUACAUGGCCCCUGCUCCACCACACAGCAGACUCCAUCCCGUGGGUGCAGGUCACUUUGGCAAACGGAGAGACUCAUCAAACGAAGCUUCUGAUCGGUGCUGAUGGGCCAAACUCCAUGGUGAGGCAAAAACUAGGAAUUCCCACGGUCAAGUGGAACUACGAUCAGUCUGCUGUAGUUGCAGUGCUGCACCUGUCAGAGCCUACAGAGAACAAUGUUGCAUGGCAAAGAUUCCUCCCAACAGGACCCAUUGCAAUGUUACCGCUGUCAGACACAAAGAGCUCUCUAGUGUGGUCAACAAGCCCUCAGCUCGCAGAGGAGCUGCUGGAGCUGGACGAGGAGAGCUUUGUGGACGCCAUCAACUCUGCCUUCUGGAGUAAUGAGAACCACUCGGAUCUAAUUGAGACGGCUGGCUCUGUGUUCCGGGGCACCCUGUCGGCCAUCAUGCCCUCGGCGGGCUCCCCUCGACAGCUUCCACCGAGCGUGGCAGGGAUCGACCCGAAGAGCAGGGUCAUGUUCCCGCUGGCUAUGGGUCACGCCGCGGAGUACGUCAAGCACAGGGUAGCACUUAUUGGGGACGCAGCUCAUCGUGUCCAUCCGUUGGCGGGUCAAGGAGUCAACCUGGGAUUUGGGGAUGUGGCUUGCCUCACUCAGAAGUUAAGCCAGGCAGCUUUUAAUGGAAAGGACCUGGGAGCGAUACAGCACUUGUUAGAGUUCGAGACCGAACGCCAGCGGCACAAUCUGCCCAUGAUGGCUGCAGUGGACCUCAUGAAGCGGCUUUAUUCCACCGACGCGGCUCCUGUGGUUCUCCUACGCACCUUUGGUCUGCAGGCCACCAACAUGCUGCCAGCUUUAAAAGAGCAGAUCAUGGAAUACGCGAGCAAAUGAUCAACCUGCAGAGAUCUUCGUUUUUUGAAGGAUCAGCAAUAAAUUAAGCUUUAAGAGCCAUAAAAGAUGUCAAUGUAAAGAAGUAUAAAUGAAAAACUCUUGAUGUUUUAGUGUUUACUUUCAUUAUUUAUGCUUUUUCAUUACAUCUAUGAAAAAAGUUGGAAUUAAACAAUGAAACAGUAA